UUACAAUAAAAAUGUUCUAUGAGCCAGAAACUUACCUAGUACCGACUAGAAGGAGAGCCACGAAUAAGUUAGCACAGAAUAAUGACAAGAUUAAGGCCAAGCUUAGGGAGAAUUUGGGUGGCAUGAAGAAAGAUAAGCUUGAUGUGGCGGAUAUAAAUGAUAGAAGGCCUAAUAAAUAUAUGACAAGAGAGCCUAAAGAUCACCUCAACCUUCACAAAAGUAUUUCUGGUGCACAGCCGAAGUUAAAACUAGCUAAGAAAUAUAAUGAAAAUGAUACGUUUGAUUACUCUGAUAUUAAUGUAUCAAGGAGGGUCAUCAGGAAAAUGGUCCAAUCUUCUCUUUUCGAUCAUAAACCUUAUGAGAAGGCCAAAUAUAUUGACAAGAUCUUGGUUGGAAAUAAGUUUUUAUCAAAAGUCGAUCCUAUAGUGAUGAAUGACCCUGCUAAGUCAGUUAGCUCAUUUAAUAUCACCAAACCAUUCCGGAGAUCAAGAUGAUUUAGAGGUAGUAAUGACUACCUAGGUUCCUCUAGAAGAAAGAUUUCCUUGUAUGGCAACAAAGUAAAUCAGAGCCUUGAUUCUCUUUCUUUUAAUAAUACACAAAGUCUGAAAGAUUUCAGAAGCUGUGCGCCUUAUGCUGGCUCUGCAACCAAGAAAGAUGCUUUUGACAUUAACACAAACCCUUACCACCAAGUAAGAAAUGAUAUUACCAAACAACUAAAUGCAUCGACUGACAACAUCCUGACUAAUUCUAUUCAAGGAAGGCGUCACCCAAGAAGAAUGGAGACUCGUCACCACAGACAUAACACUACGCUAAUUCUCUAA